AUGAAAAACUACGCUCUGCUUGCCUGCGCUAUUGCCUUAACAGUUGCCUCUGGUACUUUGCCCUACAACGCUAUAGUUGAGUGCCAUCGCGAAAUGUCUCACGUUAAGAUCAUUCGCGACAAGGAUACUUUCAUUUGUGUUCGUCGUUCCAUGACGUUUAGCGAGAAGGGCUAUUCUGUGGCCAAGUAUGAGCGCCUAUUCGGAAAUACCCGAGGUGAUAUCUUCUUCGAGGCCAUAGAUCAAGGUGACACCAAGAUCGACAAGAGGCGGAGCGGUGAGUGGAUCAAGAUUCUUACUCAACGAGGCGUCAUCAAGCCCGGUACCUGUCAGCGCGUCAAGACCAUCGAGCUUGCCCCUGGAAUUGACUUCAACUGA